GCGAGCAGGGCUGGAACUAGCAGCCCUUGCCUGUGUCCUCGCACAGUGAAGCUCUCUGUGCUGGGGCGUGCACACAGGAGCCGGGACACAGAUCCGCGCUGGUAGGGGGAUAGAGAGGCGAGCCUCAGCUCCCCAGGAGCAGAGUGAAAGGUGUGCUGAACAGGAGCCUCUGUGAUGCCGCCAGGGCUUAAAGUUUGAAGGUGCCUUUUUUCUGCUUGGGCUCCAAGCCAGUUCAUGAUGUUUCGCGAGGAGCUGGUGCUGAAGUGUGCUCCGGAAAGGGAGCCGGGCCCCGUGCUGGUACGCCUGGCCAACUUGCCCGAGGGCCAGUUCCCUGCCGGGAAGUUCAAAAAGAUGCGCUCGAGGAAGAGACCCUCCAUCCUGGAAGCAUCACCAGUCGGGAACGGAUACACAAAGCCACCCAUCCUCCCUGUCUGCAGCGUACAGGGGGAGAAAGGACCCCCUGCAGCCAUGCCGCUCAGUGUAGAUCCCGAGAGCAGGCCGGGCGAGUACGUUGUGAAAAGUCUGAUUGCCAACUUCACCACGGUGUCUGAACGGAAGAUCCGCAUCAUCAUGGCUGAGCCACUGGAAAAGCCUUUAACAAAAUCACUUCAGAGGGGAGAGGAUCCUCAGUUUGACCAGCUGAUCAGCACCAUGAGCUCACUAGCAGAGUACUGCCUUCCUUCGCUGCUGCGGACCCUGUUUGACUGGUACCGGCGCCAGAAUGGCAUGGAGGACGAGUCGCAUGAGUAUAGGCCCAGAGCCAACACCAAGUCCAAAAAUGAUGAGCAGCAGAAGGAUUAUCUACUUGAAAGGAGAGAUCUGGCAAUUGACUUCAUCUUCUCCCUUGUUCUGAUUGAAGUUUUAAAACAGAUCCCUCUCCACCCAGUCGCGGACAGCCUCAUUCAGGAAGUUAUCAACUUGACAUUUAAGCACUUUAAAUAUAAAGAAGGGUAUCUCGGACCCAGUACUGUCAACAUGCACAUUGUGGCAGACCUCUAUGCAGAAGUCAUUGGAGUUCUUGCUCAGUCCAAGUUUCCUGCUGUAAGGAAGAAGUUCAUUGCAGAGCUGAAGGAGCUCCGACAGAAGGAGCAGAGCCCUGCCGUGGUCCAGAGUACCAUUAGCCUCAUCAUGGGUGUAAAGUUUUUCCGCAUCAAGAUGUACCCUGUGGAGGAUUUUGAGGCCUCUUUUCAGUUCAUGCAGGAAUGUGCCCAGUACUUCCUGGAGGUGAAAGACAAGGACAUCAAGCAUGCUUUAGCUGGCCUCUUUGUGGAGAUUUUAGUUCCCGUGGCAGCGGCUGUGAAAAAUGAGGUGAAUGUGCCCUGUCUGAGGAACUUUGUCGAGAGCCUGUAUGACACCACGCUGGACCUGUCUUCUAGGAAGAAACACUCACUGGCCCUGUACCCACUUGUGACCUGCCUGUUGUGCGUUAGCCAAAAACAGUUCUUCCUCAACCGGUGGCAUGUCUUCCUCAGCAACUGCCUGUCCAACCUCAAGAACAAGGACCCCAAAAUGGCACGUGUUGCCCUGGAGUCCCUCUAUCGCCUCCUAUGGGUAUACAUGAUUCGAAUCAAAUGUGAAAGCAACACAGCGACACAGAGUCGCCUCAACACGAUUGUCAUCAACCUGUUUCCCAAGGGGUCCCGCAGCGUGGUGCCCCGGGACAUGCCGCUCAACAUCUUCGUCAAGAUCAUCCAGUUCAUCGCACAGGAAAGACUUGACUUUGCAAUGAAAGAGAUCAUCUUUGACCUACUGUCUGUGGGUAAACCAGCUAAAGCAUUCAGUCUUAACCCUGAGAGGAUGAAUAUUGGCCUCAGGGCAUUCCUUGUCAUUGCUGAUAACCUGCAACAGAAGGAUGGGGAGCCCCCCAUGCCCAACACAGGGGCUACCCUACCAUCAGGCAACACCUUGAGGGUAAAGAAGACCUACUUGAGCAAGACACUGACAGAUGAGGAGGCCAAACUCAUUGGAAUGGCCCUGUACUACCCACAAGUCCGCAAGGCUGUAGACAGUAUCCUACGGCAGCUAGACAAGGAAGUAGGCCGCUGUAUGAUGCUAACCAACGUGCAGAUGCUGAACAAAGAGCCUGAGGACAUGAUCACAGGGGAGCGGAAGCCGAAGAUUGACCUCUUCAGGACAUGCAUUGCCGCAAUCCCUCGCAUCUUACCUGAUGGCAUGUCCAAGCCCGAGCUGAUUGACCUGCUGUCUCGACUGACCAUCCACAUGGAUGAUGAACUGCGACUGAUUGCUCAGAACACCCUGCAAAGCCUGCUGCUGGACUUUCCAGACUGGCGAGAGGAUGUGCUCUUUGGAUUUACGGGCUUCCUCCUGCGCGAGGUGCAGGACACGCAGCCAACUUUGCUGGACUGCUCCCUCAAACUGCUGCUGCAGCUUCUCGCUCAGUGGAGACUGGCUCUACAAACACCAGGGAAAAGCCACGAUCCAGCCAGGGUCAGGUCCUCUGAGCUACUGCAAGCUGGUCCCUCAAGUCGCGGACCCCAUGGAAUGGUCCUGCAUGCAGUGGAGGGCCUGGCCUUGGUGUUGCUUUGCUCUUGCCAGACAGCAACACGGAAGCUGGCCGUUGCCAUCCUCAAGGAGGUCCGCUGCCUCUUUGCUGCCUUUGGACAGGUCGAGGAUGAUGACAAGCCCAUGAUUGAGGUAAUGGACCAGCUGAGCUCAGCAGCUUUGGAGAACUUUGUCCAUGUAGCUGUAUCUGACUCGGCCAGCCUGCCACUGGGCCAUCACGUGGACCUCCAGUGGCUGGUGGAGUGGACCGCUGUACUUGUAAACAGCCACUACGAUGUGCGGAGCCCCUCCCACGUAUGGAUCUUUGCUCAGUCUGUGAAGGACCCCUGGGUGCUCUGCCUGUACAGCUUUCUGCGCCAGGAGAACCUGCCCAAGCACUGUCCCAUGGCUCUCAGCUAUGCUUGGCCUUAUGCCUUCACUCGUCUGCAGCUGCUCAUGCCCCUGGUGGACCCCAACAAUCCUAUCUAUGCCAAGAAGACAAGCACAGCAGGCAGUGGGGACAACAUUGUGCCCUUGUGGAGGAACUAUCUGAUCCUAUGCUUUGGCGUGGCCAAGCCCAGUAUUAUGAGCCCGGGCCACCUGCGUGCCUCCACACCUGAGAUCACCGCCACCACACCUGAUGGCAGUAUCAGCCAUGACAACAAGAUAAUCGGCACACCCUCUGUGGCCUGCUUACUGAAGCAGCUAGUUCCUCUGAUGAGAGCGGAGAGCAUCGAAGUCACAGAGUCCUUGGUGCUGGGCUUUGGCCGUACCAACUCCCUGGUUUUUAGGGAAUUUAUAGAAGAACUACACCCUUUGAUGAAGGAAGCACUGGAGCGAAGACCAGAGAACAAGAAGCGCCGUGAGAGAAGGGACCUUCUUAGGUUGCAGCUGCUACGCAUUUUUGAGCUGCUGGCUGAUGCCGGUGUUAUCAGUGACAGCACCAAUGGGGCCUUGGAACGGGACACCCUGGCCCUGGGGGCUCUCUUCUUGGAGUAUGUGGAUCUAACUCGCGUGCUGCUUGAGGCGGAGAACGACAAGGACCUGGAGAUCCUUAGAGACAUCCGGGCCCACUUCAGUGGCAUGGUGGCCAACCUCAUCCAGUGUGUCCCUGGGGAAGCCAGGCCAGGAGGCAGUGCGCAUUACAUGCAAGCAAAAAAAAGGAGAGCAGUCCACCACCGCCGCUUCCUCUUCCCCCAGCAGAGCCUGCGGCAUCAUCUCUUCAUCCUUUUCAGCCAGUGGGCGGGGCCCUUCAGUGUCAUGUUCACUCCACUGGACCGCUACAGUGACCGCAACCAUCAGAUCACCCGUUACCAGUACUGCGCUCUCAAGGCCAUGUCCGCUGUGCUGUGCUGUGGGCCAGUCUUUGACAACGUUGGACUCUCUCCAGACGGCUACCUGUACAAGUGGCUGGACAACAUCCUGGCCUGCCAGGACCUGCGGGUCCACCAGCUGGGCUGCGAGGUUGUCAUCCUGCUGUUGGAGCUCAAUCCAGAGCAAGUGAACCUGUUCAACUGGGCAGUUGACCGCUGUUUCACUGGAUCAUACCACUUGGCCUCAGGCUGCUUUAAGGCCAUUGCUACUGUGUGUGGGAGCAGAAACUACCCCUGUGACCUAGUGACCCUGUUGAAUUUAGUGCUCUUCAAGGCUUCUGACACCAACAGAGAAAUCUAUGAGAUCUCAAUGCAGCUAAUGCAGAUUCUGGAGGCGAAGCUGUCUGUGUACUCCAAAAGGAUCGCGGACCAGAAACCCACCAGUAUCCUGUAUGGGACACAUGGUCCCUUGCCCCCUCUCUACAGCAUCUCGUUGUCGCAGCUCUCCAGCCAGUUGGCCAGGAUUUACCCACAGCUCACCUUACCGCUCUUCUCAGAGGUCAGCCAGAGGUUCCCAACAACCCACCCCAAUGGACGGCAGAUCAUGCUCACUUACCUUUUGCCCUGGCUACACAACAUCGAGCUGGUGGACAGCGGCCUGUUGCCCCCCGCAUCCAGCCCCAGCACCCCUGAGGAGGAGGCCCGUGGCCGGUCAAGCAACCUUGGACUUUGCCACUGGCUCAAAGGGAGUGGAUGGGGCUCCUUGCAGGCCACCUCUUUGGUGCUUAACAACCUCAUGUUCAUGACUUCCAAGUAUGGGGAUGACAUACCAGGCCCAGAAAUGGAGAAUGCUUGGAACGCACUGGUCAGCAAUGACGCAUGGAGUAACAAUCUGCGCACCACACUGCAGUUCCUCAUCAGCUUGUGUGGUGUGAGCAGUGACACUGCCCUGCUGCCCUAUAUCAAGAAGGUUGUGAUCUACCUGUGUCGAAACAACACUAUCCAGACCAUGGAAGAACUACUGUUUGAACUACAGCAGACAGACCCUGUUAACCCAGCUGUGCUACACUGCGACAACCCACCCUUCUACCGUUUUGUCGCCAGCAACAAGGCCUCAGCCGCUGCCUCAGGUACAACUUCUAGCAGCAAUACUGUUGUGGUUGGUCAAGAAAGUUUCCCUGACACAGAUGAAAAGAGAGUCACCAAAGAAAAUGAGGAGAACAGAUUCUGCAACAAGAUGAGGGCACAUAACCGCUUGGAGUCCCGUUACAGCAACAGCUCUGGAGGCUCGUACGAUGAAGAGAAGAGUGACCCACUGCCGCCAUAUGGCAGUUGGCUCUUGACUGUGGUGGAGACCAAUCAGCCACACCCACUGCCCAUGCCCACUAAUGGAGGAUGCUGGGCACCACUGGUUGACUACUUGCCUGAGACCAUUGCACCUCGAGGACCCCUGCACAGGUGUAAUAUUGCAGUGAUCUUCAUGACAGAGAUGGUGGUAGACCACAGUGUGAAGGAGGACUGGAUACUGCACCUGCCUCUGUUACUGCAUGCUCUCUUCCUGGGCUUGGACCACUACCGUCCUGAAGUGUAUGAGCAUAGCAAGAGGCUCCUCCUCCACCUCCUCAUCACCCUGUCUUGCAAUAGCAACUUCCAGGUCAUCGCCUCAGUCCUCCUGCUCACCAGGGAAGUCACUGAGAGCAAGACUCUAACUUCCAGAACCAGUUACCAGCCCGAAUACCAUUACACAGGUGGCUUUGACUUCCUUCGAGAUUGGGAGGCCUCUCCGGUGUCAGACUCUGGUUUGAGUUCAUCCUCCACCUCUUCCAGCGUGAGCCUGGGUGGUAGCAGCAGCAGCAGCAACCUGCCAGCAACAUCGCAGGAGACAGACGAGCUGGAGGAGUCCUCCGCAGAGAUGGACGAGAAGACAAACAAGCUCAUCGAGUUUCUCACUGCCAGAGCAUUUGGGCCUCUGUGGUGCCAUGAGGACAUCACACCAAAGAACCAGAACUGCAGAAGUGCCGAACAGCUUGCCAACUUCCUUCGCCACGUGGUGACUGUCUUCAAAGACUCCAAGUCAGAUUUCCAACUUGAACAACAGCUCAGCAACGUGGCUCUGCAGACGGCCCUGUGCAGCUCUUCGCGCCACUAUGCCGGGCGCUCUUUCCAGAUCUUCAGGGCUUUGCAGCAGCCACUGUCUGCUCAUGCUGUGUCAGACCUGCUCUCCCGCCUAGUGGAGGUGGUGGGGGAGCAUGGAGAUGAGGUCCAGGGCUAUGUGAUGGAAGUGCUGCUCACCCUGGAGUCAGUGGUGGACAACUUGGCUGAAUGUCUGAAGAACAGCGAAAUGAUGGCAGUUUUGGCAAGCAGGACAACUUCUCCGGACUUUGUGAGCAGCGCUAAACUGAGAUCAAACAGGAAAAGCACUGGACAGCUCAACUUGAUGGGCUUGGGUACGGCAGAGCGCAACCGGCACCAGCGGAGCUACUCUGUACCCAAGAAGUUUGGGGACGAUGAGCGAUGCUCAGACCCGCCCCGCAGUGCCACACUGGAGCGGAUACAGACUGAUGCACAGCAGGGCGGCCCUGCCAAGCCCCGUGGGAGCUCAUCCACCAAGGAUGGCACUGGUGACCCAGCUGGCAUCAACCACCCCAGCCACCUGUUGGCCACUAUUUUUUGGGUAGCAGUGUCACUGAUGGAGUCAGAUUUUGAGUUUGAGUACCUGAUGGCCCUACGGCUGUUGCACAAACUGUUGGCUCAUGUGCCUUUGGAGCAGCUGGAGAGCAGAGAACGGCUGGAGAAGCUGCAAUCCCAGUUAGGGUGGGGUACCUUUGCAGGCCUCCAGCAGCUGCUCCUCAAAGGAUUUACCUCAGUUGCCACAUCUGAUCUUACGCUGCAGCUCUUCUCUCAGCUGACGCCCAUAACCCGUGUGCCCGUGGUGGAUGCUUCGCAGGCCAUUGGUUUCCCCUUGAAUGUUCUCUGUCUGCUCCCCCAUCUCAUCCAGCACUUUGACAGUCCAACCUUGUUCUGCAAGGACAUUGCUGAGAGGAUAGCUCAGGUAUGCCUGGAGGAGAACAAUGGCAAGCUGUCCAACCUGGCUCAUGUGAUGAGCCUGUACAAAACACACUCUUACACGCGAGACUCCUUCUCCUGGGUCAGCGUGAUCUGUCGCUAUCUGCAUGAGGCCUUUUCUCACAUCACCCUCAGCAUGGUGACCUACAUGGCUGAGCUGCUGGAGAAGGGCCUUCCUAGCAUACAGCAGUCCCUCUUACAGAUCAUCUAUUGCCUUCUGUGUCACAUGGACCUCAGUGGAGUCCAGGUCAAGCCUUUCAAUGUAGAAGUACUUAAGACCAUUGAGAAAUUUGUUCAGACGGCACAUUGGAAGGAGGCAUUGAACAUACUGAAGCUAGUGGUAUCACGCUCAGCCAGCUUGGUCCUGCCAUCCUACCCCCCAGGUGACCUCUCACACCUGGACAUGGGUCAUGUGUGGGAGCGCUCCUCCAAAGCCCUGCCUGGGAAAACAUUGGACUUCCAAUUUGACAUCUCAGAGACACCGGUGAUCGGCAGGCGCUAUGACGAGCUCCAAGGCUCCCCAGGUCGGGACGGCAAGACCAGGACUAUUGCUGUGACACGUAGCACCUCCUCCACAUCAUCUGGGUCCAACUCAAAUAGUGUGCUGGUGCCAGUCAGUUGGAAGCGGCCCCAAUCAUCCCAGAAAAGGACCCGGGAGAAACUGGUGACCGUGUUGUCUCUGUGUGGACAGGAAGUGGGGCUUACCAAAAACCCAUCGGUGAUCUUCUCAUCGUGUGGGGAGCUGGACCUCAUCGAGCAUCAGCCCAGCCUGGUGUCCUCGGAGGAAAGCACGCGUGAACCUGACAACAUGGAUGACACAGCUUCUGAGCAGCAGUUCCGCGUCUUCAGGGACUUUGAUUUCUUAGAUGUGGAGCUGGAGGAUGGAGAGGAGCUCCAGGGCGAGAGCAUGGACAACUUCAACUGGGGUGUGCGACGACACUCGGUGGACAGCCUGGACCGGGUUGACCCUCUCCUGCCUCUAAAAGAGAGUCAGCGCUCGGGCAGCACAACCAGCCUGGGCCGGACUGCACACGAUGAUUCUGAUGAGUCCUCUGAGGAGGAUUCACUCACAGCCAGUCAGAUCCUAUCCCACUCACAGCUUAUCAUGAACCUCUCCCCCUCUGAGGAGACGAACCACACGGGCUCUUUGUCCACCUCCUUUGACACCACCUCAGCUGAUCCACUGUCCCUACACACUAGAACCCCGAGCUUAGAGAUCUCUCCACCCGAAGACCUGAGCCAACCGGCUGAGGCAUCAGGGGAUGAUGAAGAGGCCAGCAUCCAUGAAGACAGUCUCUUGCUCUCCAUUAAUGAGCUUCCCCCUGGUUUCGAAUGCUGCAGUAGCUCAGUGGUGGAUGUCCAGGGGGAGGACAGAGGAGAGUUGGACCUGGAACCAAGCCUUCUGACAAGCAGUGCUGGACAGGAGGAGCGGGAUGAGCCUUUGGAAUCACGGUCAUCACCACCUCCAUCACCUUUCUUCUCCGCCAUUCUGGCCGCAUUCCAGCCGACUGCAUACGAUGAUGCAGAGGAGGCCUGGCGCCGCCACGUUAACCAGCUGGUGUCUGACUCAGAUGGUUCCUGUGCUGUCUACACCUUCCAUGUAUUCUCCUCGCUCUUCCAGAGUAUCCAGAGUAAAUUCUGCUCCUUAACCUGCGACGCUGCCAGUUAUCUUGGUGACAACCUUCGUGGCAUUGGGUCAAAGUUUAUCAGAUCAUCCCAGAUGCUGACAUCAUGCUCACAAGAGUGCCCCACACUCUUCAUUGAUGCUGACACUAUCGUCUCUUAUGGACUGUUGGAGAAGAUGAAGUUCAGUGUCCUAGAACUUCAGGAAUACUUGGACACUUAUAAUACCAGGAAGGAAGCUGCCAUAUCUUGGUUACAGAACUGCAAGGCCAGCUUUCCCCAGGGCCCUGGGGAUGCAGUGGUCACCUGUCAGCCAGGGGACUCAGAGGAAAAGCAAAUGGAAUCUCUAGCACAACUGGAGUUGUGUCAACGACUGUACAAGCUCCACUUUCAGCUGCUGCUACUUUUUCAAUCCUACUGUAAGCUGAUCAGUCUGGUCCAUGCCAUCAGCUCUGUUCCAGAGCUGCUGAACAUGUCCCUGGAGUUAAAUGACCUGAAGGCCAGCUUGAGGGUUGCAGCAGACUCUGUGGCCAACGGCAUGGAACAGGACAGCAUCUUGUUAGAACCCACCUUCAGCUCCUCUGAGGCAGCUGUGCAGGCAAUCUUGGAAGGCCUAAAGAACAAUGAUUUCACCACUGCCAUUCAGUACAUCUGUGAAUGCAGGAGGAUUUGGCCCAAUGACAUCUUUGGCAGCAGCUCAGAGGAUGAGGUCCAAACUCUGCUGAACAUCUACUUUCGGCAUCAGACCCUAGGCCAGACGGGCACCUUUGCACUGGUGGGCUCCAAGCAGGAUUUAUCCGAGAUCUGCAUCAAGCUGAUGGAGCUCAAUGGGGAAAUCAGGGACAUGAUCCGCCGGGCCCAGGGUUACCGGGUCAUCAGCACUUUCCUCCCAGAUUCCAAUUUGUCUGGCACAAGUCUCUGACUGGAAGAAUAGCACACGCUGCCCUUGCCCCUGCUUCUGUCUGGGGGCCAUCAUUGCUGCCGCACCUACAGAGGCCCAGGGAAGCACUGCCCUUGACUGAAGAAGCGGGGGUGCCAUGUUGUCCUUGGUCAGCUGGCAGUGAGUCCUGGUCCAUCAAUGCAGCAAUACUGUGGGAAUGAAAGGGAUGCAAGACUGUAUUGCAUUAAGGACUGAACCUUGAUUUAUUUUGCACUAAUAUUUAUGGAUGACAUCACAAGAUGUGGCUGUGGUGGCUACUGGGAUCAGUGACUUCCACACACAACAAAGGAUGUAUACCAAAGUUAAAUUAACUUAUAUUUCAACAGAUGUUUGCCAUUUUAAAUGCUUUGGGGGAAAUGUGCAAUUCUUCACUUGAGUGAAAGACUUACUUACUGUACCAUCGAAAGAAUGUUUCUAAAUCUUAGUGCUUUUGGCUACUUGAAAUUCUUUGCAGUAACAGGCAAAAAUUGUUUGUUUUUUUCCAUUAAUUUUCUGCUGAAAUCUGACUGCCUGUGUAUAUGUUCACCUAACUGUAAUCCAAAUACCAUCCAUUAAACACUGUAGCACAGAGAUUUUUGCAUAUACACACUGAACUAUUUUAUGUAAAGGAUACUGUGUCGUUGAACUGGAUACUGCUGUUGGUCAUUUAUCAUUUAUAAUAUUUGUUCUCCUUACACUUUUCAAUUAUGUUCGCUUUAUCUUGUGUAGUUAUUCACUUUUAUAUUUUUUUAAUUUAUAUUGUCAAGAAAGCAACAUGCAUUGCACUUAGUAGUUUUAUAGGAUAAAUGCAAACAUCCAUACUCUAUCUCCUACAACUGCCAAGCAUGCAUAUUGUUCUAUGAAAUGUAUGAGAAAUAUUUAUGAACAAAAGAAAUUAUUUUAACUCAGAAGAUGCAUUUGUAUAUAGUACAGAGAGAGCUUUGCUGGUAAGAUUUUUAUUUUGUAAUUUGCUUCAAAACAAACUGUGUAAUUGUAUAAAAGGAUAAUUGCAUAGUUUUAAAUCUCCUCUAAGAAUUGUAAUUGUUUCUCACCCUGUAAAUAUUUUUUGGCUUUUGUGAAGUAAUUUUGGUUGAUGUUCUCUAUACGUAUGUAACAUAAUAAAAGUCACAAAUA